GGGUGGAUAUACGGAACAGGGAGGAGCUUUUUGGGGUGUUGUGAAUUCGUGUAUACAAGAAAUCUUGAGUGGGAGUUGUCCGGUGGAUUUGUUUUGUUUCGUCCGCUGAUUAUCACCGAGGUCCAUCUCGCCAGCUGCAGCCAUGCCCGGGAUAGAGAAGCUGCCGAUAGAGGAGACGCUGGAGGACAGUCCGCAGACACGGUCUCUCCUGGGGGUGUUUGAAGAGGACACUGCAGCCAUCUCCAACUACUGUACACAGCUGUAUCAGGCCAUGCAGAGGAUUUAUGAUGCACAGAAUGAACUCAGUGCUGCAACACAUCUGACCUCGAGACUGCUGAAAGAGUACGAUAAACAGCGUUUUCCUCUGGGGGGCGAUGAUGAGGUGAUGAGCUCCACUCUGCAGCAGUUUGCAAAAGUCAUCGAUGAGUUGAGUUCCUGUCAUGCUGUUCUGUCCACCCAACUUGCAGACGCCAUGAUGUUUCCCAUUACUCAGUUUAAAGAGAGAGACCUCAAAGAGAUCCUCACUCUGAAAGAAGUCUUCCAAAUAGCCAGCGAUGAUCACGACACAGCCAUAAACCGAUACAGCCGCCUGUCCAAGAGGAGGGACAACGACAAGGUGCGAGCAGAGGUAGUUGAAGACGUCUACACCUCCCGCAAGAAGCAGCACCAGACCAUGAUGCACUACUUCUGCUCGCUUAAUACGCUACAGUACAAAAAGAAGACGGCUCUGCUGGAACCGCUGCUGGGCUACAUGCAGGCUCAGAUCAGUUUCUUUAAGCUGGGCUCAGAAAAUCUCACCCAGCAGUGGGAGGACUUCCUGGGAAAUAUAGGAACCAGCGUGCAGAACGUGCGUCGGGAGAUGGAGGACGAGGUGGGGCAGAUGCAGCAGACCAUUGAGCAGAUGGAGCGCUCCUGCGACCCCCUGUAUGUGCCGUGUGAUCCUGACCCAGCUCACUCGCCCGUCUGUCGCAACCUGACCAGAAAACAGGGCUACCUGCACAUCCGCAAUAAGACAGGCCUGGUGUCGUCAUCCUGGGAGCGGCAGUACUUCUUCACACAGGGGGGGAACCUGAUGCAUCAGGCGCGAGGAGAGGUGGCCGGCGGGCUGGUCUCAGACCUGGACAACUGCUCCGUCAUGGCUGUGGACUGUGACGACCGGCGCUUCUGCUUCCAGGUCACGUCCUUCGACGGCAAGAAAGUGGUGACUCUGCAGGCAGAGAGCAGAAAGGACUGCGAGGAGGUAAAACAUGUCCCUGUUCUCCUGUUUGCUCUGCAUUCUGCUGUUUUCCCAAAGCGUCUCUGCUGCUUCUUCCAUCAGUGGAUCUCCACCAUUAACAACAUCUCCAAGAGGAUCUACCUGAGUGACAACGCAGAGGAGCUGGCAGCCAGAGUGAACCAGUCGGCUCUGGAAGCCGUGACUCCAUCGCCGUCCUUCCAGCAGAGACAUGAGAGCAUGAGGCCCAGCAGUAAAGGGCGGGUGGGGCGAGCGAGCAGCAUCAGCUCCGUGGGGUCCGAGCCGUCGCCGGCGCUGUCUGUGCUCUCACUGGAUGCGCUGGUCGCCCCAGAUACACCCAUCCAGUUUGACAUCAUCUCCCCUGUGAGCGAGGAAAACUCAGGGCAGAGCAAGUCAGCAGCUCAGUCCGGGAGAAGAAGCAACCCGUUUGGAGAGUCAGGGAACCGCACGUCAGAGGACAGCGAAGACUCCAUCCUGCACCAGCUCUUCAUCGUUAACUUCCUGGGCUCCAUGGAGGUGAAGACUGCAGAGUCUGCGGACGUCAUCGCUGAGACCAUGAGGCAGAUCCUCGCCGCUCGAGCCAUUCACAACAUCUUCAGGAUGAGCGAGUCGCACCUGCUGGUCACCUGUGACUGCCUGAAGCUCAUUGAUCCUCAGACACAAGUGACUCGACUCAGGUUCCCUCUCUCCAGUGUAGUUCAGUGUUCGUCCCAUCAGGACAACAAGCGGCUGUUUGGGUUCGUUCUGCAUGCAGGCGGUUCUGGCGACGGCCGAGCCGUCGGCUACAUUUUUGAGUCCAACAACGACGGAGAGAAGAUCUGUGACAGUAUCGGCCUGGCCAAGCAGAUAGCGCUGCACUCUGAGAUGGACCGUAAGGCAGUGGAGAAAAGGAAGGAGCAGGACAAGGCCAAAGAGAAACAGCAGGAGGAACUCAGCAAACAGAGGCAGAUAGAGAAGGAUCUAGAAGAGCAGAGCCGUCUGAUCGCAGCUUCUAGUCGUCCUGCCAACCCGCCCACCUCUGACGGACAGUUCCUAGUGCUUAGCAACAGCCAAUCAGAGGACAGCGAUGCAGGAGACGAGGGCAAGAAGAAAGGCGAGUCCGAAGCCUAACGACACAAAGGGUGCAUGUUUUACCUCCCAGUCAAGUCCCAGCAGCUGUUGCUGAGAUCCAGCUCAGGAAUUGGGAAGGAGCUCCACCCACCCGCCUGGGCUGCCUGGGCCUGAAAAACAUGUGCUCCUUUUUAGCUGGACUGUUACCCUACAAAAAGGGGAUAAACUACGCAAACGCACCCUAUAAGAGGAGGAGACGUCAAAGACUUAUAUUUUAAUCUGUGUUUAAGAAAACGAAAAGAGCUGCAAUGAUUAGUUUUUAUAUCGGCUCCAGUGUCCAGAACAGGACAACGAUAUAGAUUAACCUUUAAUUUUUUGUUUCUUCUAUAAAAACUAACAAUAAUUGCAGAAGAUAUAAAGCAAAACACCUUCGGGGCCUGAAGGUGAUGAAAUGCGACGGCAGAUUUUCUUCAGGCAGUAGUUUCUGCCAAAGUGAACGAGAGACCUCAUCGGUUUCCUGUUUGUAAAACCUGUGCUUUAUGAUGUUAUAAUAGAAAAAGAAAUGAAGUGUGAGGCUGAGCACCGCUCUGAUGCAUGUUCAGUUUAGUUUAGUUUGUUUUUGUCCCAGGCAGAAAAUGAAUCAAAAUGAGUCAUCGUUGGAUGAAGGUUAAUGAGAAACACUGAAACAUUCUGCUGCAAAUCACUAAAACUAAAGUCAAAAUAUCUACUUUGAAAUGUUGUCCUCUUAAAAAAUGACACACGUCAAACCUCCUGCAGUGCAAUAACUGUGUAUGAUCUGAACGGUUUCCAGUGCCAAUAUUAACAUUUUCUUUAAGUGUCAUGAAUUCAGCGGCUGAACUGCAUCUGAUGCUGUUCACUGUGUGUCGGUCCCAGGAAACGAACCCAGAGGCUGUAAAAGUAGAGAAGAUGCUUCAAACAGACGUUCAUUGAUGAGAAUGGUGCCGUUUACUCACCUGUGCCAUCAAAAAGGACUUUAAUGAGUUUAAAAUCAGUCCUCCACCUUCUCCACCAAAUAUUUACCCGCUGGUGUGUUUCCUGAUGUGCAGCGCUUCACACACAUUUAUCUGGGCCACUGUUUUAUGCUGUUUGUGGGUUUUACUGAUCCUCUGAAUUGGCUGAACACAUUACACGUAGUGAUGUUAAUCGCUGAGCUGUGGGAAACGUUACUGUGGAGCAGAUCUGUCUCUGAGGCAGCAGUUACUGAUGAAAGACUAGUGUUGGUGGAGCUGCACUUUACUGGAGCAGAGAAACGCAACAUUGAAAUGUAAAUAUGAUCCAGAGGUCGAUGUUCCAGUGUCACGAUAAAUAAAAAGGUUUCUCAGUGAUGAAUAAAGCACUAACUCCA